AAAAAAACACUAACCCAGUCUACACGAAUUUCAAUACAGCUGAUUUCUGCAAGAUGGCCGAACCAAAAGCGCGAACAGAAAUGUCAAACAUUGCGUCUGCAAAGCAGAAACAAAAAAUUACAACAAAUGCCAUAUGAGUUCAUUUUGACAGCAAAGUAAUUUUGGACGACGCGUUUACGAUUGCUGGCUAGCUGAUUCAAUUGGUUAAUUUCGGGUGACAGCAGAGAAGUUUGUGUGAAAGUGGCGAAUAUUUAUUCCUGAAAAAGUGUAUACAGUUGCGAAUUGUGGAAAACAGCAUUUUAAUAUUAUAUAAUUUGCAAGUACAAAUGUUUGUGUUGAAUUUAAUUCAACAAGAAGUGAAAUCGUGUUAUUUUCUUCUUAUGAGGAAAUAAAAAUCAAUAGCCAUGUCUAGUGAAAAGUGAAAAAUCGAAGAAGAUUCUCAGAAAUUUAUAGCAUGACGAGAAUUAUUUAACCAGAGUACAAAAGAGCACUAAAAAUCAAUUCGUAAAACAAUCAUACUAUUAAUACGUUAACAAAAAGCAUUUUGCACUAUAACCUAUCAAGAACGCCUAAUUCAUCCUCUGCAUGUUGACGCUUUUCUCCUAACUUAACAAAAUACAUCGCAAAUCGCAUUUCGAAUACAAAAAUUAACACAUUGCAAACUCAAGAAAAACCAAGGUCAAGUGUUAAAUGUUUUAUUUGUGCGCAACAAUAAAAGCGUCAUGUCGUACACAGAGCUGGAAUCAGGUUACCAGGAUUUACGCCAAUCGUCUCAGCAGGCUCAAUCUCAAGCUCAAACUUUUGUAAGCGAACGUAACGCCAGGCCUGGAUUUUUCGUCGGCAGCGAUGGCAAUGGAGACGGUGAGAGCAAUGACGGUAUGGAUUCCGAUUGUAGUACCUGUUCAAAUCCUGGCAAACAAGUGGUGGUGGGCAUAUGUGCCAUGGCCAAGAAGACGCAGUCGAAACCAAUGAAGGAAAUUUUAACACGCUUGCAAGAAUUUGAAUUCAUUAAAAUGCUUAUAUUUUCCGAAGAUGUCAUUUUAAAGGAACCGGUUGAAAAUUGGCCGCUAUGCGAUUGUCUAAUUUCAUUUCAUUCGAAAGGCUUUCCCCUGGAAAAAGCCAUACAAUAUGCACAGUUACGUAAACCCUACGUGCUCAACAAUUUGCACAUGCAAUACGAUAUACAAGAUCGCCGUCGUGUUUAUGCUAUAUUAGAGAAGGAGGGAAUUGAAAUACCACGUUAUGCGGUAUUAGAUCGUGACUCGCCUGAUCCAAAACAGCAUGAACUCAUCGAAUCUGAAGAUCAUGUAGAAGUGAAUGGCAUUAUUUUUAAUAAACCUUUCGUGGAGAAACCCGUUUCGGCUGAGGACCAUAACAUCUACAUUUACUAUCCUACAUCGGCAGGUGGCGGCAGUCAGCGUUUAUUCAGAAAGAUUGGCAGUCGUAGCAGCGUUUAUUCGCCAGAGUCACGUGUACGCAAAACUGGUUCUUUCAUCUAUGAAGAUUUCAUGCCCACUGAUGUAUACUUUUCAGGUACGGACGUUAAGGUCUAUACAGUUGGUCCUGAUUAUGCACAUGCCGAGGCACGAAAAUCACCAGCCCUCGAUGGCAAAGUUGAGCGCGAUAGUGAAGGCAAAGAGAUACGCUAUCCGGUUAUAUUGAAUAAUGCCGAGAAGUUAAUUUCACGCAAAGUAUGUUUGGCUUUUAAACAGACCGUUUGCGGAUUUGAUUUGUUACGUGCCAAUGGUAAAUCGUAUGUAUGCGACGUGAAUGGCUUCAGUUUCGUUAAAAACUCAAAUAAGUAUUACGAUGAUUGUGCGAAGAUUUUGGGUAACAUGAUACUGCGUGAACUCACACCAACGCUACAUAUACCAUGGCUGGUGCCCUUCCAACUGGACGAUCCACCCAUCGUGCCCACAACUUUUGGCAAAAUGAUGGAACUGCGUUGUGUCGUGGCAGUAAUUAGACAUGGCGAUCGCACACCCAAACAGAAAAUGAAGCUGGAAGUGCGACACCCUAAAUUUUUUGAAAUAUUUGAGAAGUAUGAUGGCUAUAAAGAUGGUCAUGUUAAAUUGAAACGCCCAAAACAAUUGCAGGAGAUUUUAGAUAUAGCGAGAUAUUUAUUAUCGGAGAUUCAGAACAAAUCAGCAGAUGCUGAAAUACAAGAGAAAGAAAGCAAAUUAGAACAAUUGAAAAAUGUAUUAGAAAUGUACGGACAUUUUUCUGGCAUAAAUCGUAAAGUGCAAAUGAAAUAUCAACCUAAAGGGCGACCACGUGGUUCCAGCUCCGAUGACGUAGAUGCGCCAAAGCAGCCGUCUUUAGUUUUGAUACUAAAAUGGGGCGGUGAGUUAACACCAGCUGGCCGCAUACAAGCCGAAGAAUUGGGCCGCAUUUUCCGCUGCAUGUAUCCUGGUGGUCAAGGACGGCAGGACUACUCUGGCACGCAGGGCUUGGGUUUGUUGAGAUUGCAUUCUACUUUCCGUCAUGAUUUGAAAAUAUACGCAUCUGAUGAAGGUCGCGUCCAGAUGACUGCAGCCGCUUUCGCUAAGGGCUUGUUGGCGUUGGAGGGCGAACUCACACCAAUUCUAGUACAGAUGGUGAAGAGUGCUAAUACGAAUGGCUUGCUGGAUAAUGAUUGUGACUCUAGUAAAUACCAAACGCUCGCCAAGCAGCGUCUGCAUGAUUUGAUGCGUGUUGAUCGAGAAUUUACGCUCGAGGAUCGUGAAGUCAUUAAUCCAUGCAACAGUAUUUCUAUAAAUCAAGCCUUGGAUUUUGUCAAGAAUCCCGUAGAAUGUUGUAAUCACGUACACAAAUUAAUUAAAGAAUUGCUGACCAUUAUUAGCGUCAAAAAGGAGGAUCCAAAAACUAAAGACGCUAUACUAUAUCAUGGCGAAACCUGGGAUUUAAUGGCCCGUCGUUGGGAGAAAAUUGAAAAAGAUUUUAGCACAAAAUCCAAACAAUAUGAUAUUUCAAAAGUACCCGAUAUUUACGAUUGCAUUAAAUACGAUUUACAACACAAUCAACACACACUUCAAUACGAUCAGGCCGAAGAGUUGUACAUCUACGCCAAAUAUCUAGCUGAUAUUGUUAUACCACAGGAGUAUGGUUCAACGGUCCAAGAGAAGUUGGCAAUUGGUCAAGGUAUUUGUACGCCACUGCUUAAGAAAAUUAAAGCCGAUUUGCAGCGUAAUAUCGAAGAGGCAGGCGAUGAAUCGGUGAAUAGACUAAAUCCACAUUACAGUCAUGGUGUAGCCAGCCCAGGUCGUCAUGUACGUACACGCUUAUACUUCACAAGUGAAAGUCAUGUGCACUCAUUGUUAACUGUUUUGCGUUAUGGCGGUUUGUUAAAUGUGUUAAAUGAUGAGCAAUGGCGUCGUGCAAUGGAUUAUAUUUCCAUGGUAUCAGAAUUGAAUUAUAUGUCACAGGUUGUCAUAAUGUUAUAUGAGGAUCCUACAAAGGAUCCCACAUCAGAGGAACGUUUUCACGUCGAACUACAUUUCAGUCCAGGUGUUAAUUGUUGUGUACAAAAGAAUUUGCCACCCGGUCCAGGCUUUCGGCCACAUUCACGUAACGAUUCUGGCAAUCCUAAGCAAAUGGGUUCGAGUUGUACAAUUUUGAAGAACAAUUCUGCUUGCGAUGAAGUGAAUACUCCACGCAUAGAGGAAGAAAACGAUUCAGAGGAUAGUCCAGGAAAGAGCCAAGCUGAUUACUACGACAAAGACACACCUCUAAACUCGAAACAUCUUAAAUCAAAGCCCAUACCAAUCGGUGCACAUCACACUGUAAGCGGACAUGAGGCAGCACAUUUGGCAAAACGUUUGAACGAGGAAUUGGCUUCACAACAACAUUCACUGGAAUCACAACGACCCAUCAGUCCAGAUACUGAGCCACGUUCACGGAGUUAUGAACAACGCGAUCCAAAGAGUGCCAAAGCUGAUACUUCUACGCCUACAACUGCCUCUUCACCCAGUACUAAUAAGCAUGAAUUUAAAGAAAUCUUUAACACACGCUCUAAUCCGAAUUUUGCUGCCAAUGCGGCUGGCGCCUUUCAUAUACGCGUCACUAACAGUUUGACUUUCUACAAAAUUGACUCGUCGACCAAUGAGUUGCCGCUGUCCGAUAUUGAUUUCUCACUAAAUCCGCUAACACCGGAUUAUACUUGCGCCGAACAUAAGUCACAUUUGUCGCACGACACGCGCAGUCAUCAUCAACGUCGCAGCCGUUUGCGUCCGAUUGCCAGCAUAGAAGAGCCGAACUCAGCGAAUGAGCUGUAUUUACCAAAGAUAUCACCGCUCGCUACUAAUGAGCGUCCCCUGUCAUGCAAUUGUCUUAGCAGUGGUGGUGCUUUCGAUGAGAAUUUACCACAUUCACAUUCAAAAAGUAUGGCCAACAUCGGUCCGUGCAAUGAUGGUGAUGAGUUGCAUUUUGUAUUGGGCAGCUCGCCCUUGUGCGCUUCGCGUGCGGCUUCAGUCGAUGAUUUCCAGCUAUCUUGUUCGGCGCCUGCCACGAUACUGAGCAGUGAAUUUCGCUUUCGUCGGAAGCAGGAGGCGCCGCGUAAGGCUGUGGUUGUAAAACAAUUACGGGUAGAGUCACCAACCAAUUCGCCCACCGCGUCCACAUUGAAGUUGUGUAAAGAGUCCGAUGAGCGACAGCUGCAGCAGCAAGCGAUAUCGCAACAGAAAUACGCCAAUGAACUGUGCGGUGGUGGUGGUGGAGGUGGAGCCGACAUCAAGUGUGUGUCUACAAUGAAGACUGCUUCAUCGUUCAGUUUGCCCACCGUACAGUCGGCGCCGGUGAUGAUCGAUGUUGAAAAUCCUUUCAAAUUUACGCAGCAAGCUCAACAACAACAACCUUUUGUAAAUAAAUUUUCAACAAUAAAUGAAUUUGAUAAUGCACUUGCUACUAACACCGCUUUCUCUUCUCCCCUCCAAUGCGCGUCUGCGUCUGCCUGCGACUUUGACACAUUAACCAAACAACAACCACAUGCGCAUACACAUGCACAAACUGACACACAACAUGCCAUGCAUACAACAAUCACUAAUGAUCAUCAUUUUGAUUCACAUAAUCCGCAUUACAAUCAACGCAUUCGCCGACAACACUCACAUCAAACUAACAAACAAUUUAACCGUCAACAAUCACUGCAACAACCACACACACUACAUGCUACACCCAUACCCGACGUUAUUGUCACUUUGAGCUCAUCCUCAACUGAUAUGUCUAAUAUGACCGAUAAUAAUAAUACUAACCAAUUGAAUUCGAAACUCACUCCUACCGUUCCCACUGCUUACGACAACCAACCAAAUACCUAUACCAAUACCAAUACCACAACCACAACCACAACCAUAAUUACUACGUACACGACAACAACAACAUCAUCAUCGCCCAAUAUAAAUGCUAAUAUGUCUGCGUCCAUGUUGUCUACCACUACUACUACUACUACCACUACUACUGCGUUCACGUCCGCGUCCGCAUCCAAAUCCACACCCUCCAUGCCCUCCUCGUCCGUGGUCGUCAUCUGCACUGCGUCCACUGCAGAUGGCAAUGCAACGCCAGUAUCAUCUUCAUCGUCGGUAUCGUCUCGACGUCAAAGACACAGUAUUGCCGGCCAGAUGUCGUAUAUGAAAAUGUUGGGAUUCGGUGGUUUUAGCAAAAAGAUGGCCACUAGCUCAAGUAGCUUAUUUAGCACAGCAGUUAUAAGCGGCAGCUCAUCGGCACCCAAUCUAAGGGAUAUGAUACCGUGUGCGGUUUCCUCAUCAGUACUUGAAGGUUUCGGCGGUGUACCACCGAUACGACCACUUGAGACGCUACACAAUGCACUCUCGCUGAAGCAGCUCGAUCAAUUUCUACAUAAAAUGACAACAUCGCCACUCUUCAAAACGCCAGCCUCGUCGCCACCAAAACAUCCAUCAACGCCACAGCAGAAUUUACUACAAAAUGCAUUGCAUUCAAUGUGCUCGCUAGAGGCGGCCACUAGCUAUGUAUCCGGCGACAGUUUGUGUCACUGUCAGGAGGCGACAGAUGCCGAUCAGGCUGAGGAACAGAUGCGUGAAUCCAUAUUGCAAAAUGCAAUGAGCGUACAACCAGCUGCAAAUACGCGCAAGCAGACAUCGACACCGGAAAGUGCUGCUCAAACAAGAGCAACGGAAGAGACGGUAGCAACAGCAGCAAAAGGCGCUACAACAGACCGGUUUGUAAGAUGCCAUAAUCCAGGUGCAGCCGAUGCUAAUGCUACAGUGACCGGUGCGCAACCAACAACCGGAGGAAGUAAGUCCGACGAUGAAACAGUAAAUUGAAUGUUUUUCUUCUUCUUCUGCCAUACAAUUGUGUAUGCUGUAGUGCGUUGCAUUUUUUGAUGUUGCUGAAUUAUUUUGCACACACACACACACACACACACUUUUGCUGUAUGCAAGUCGCAAAAAAAAUACUAUUUAUCACAAAAUCUAUAUUUUUCCUCUGCUACUUUAAGUAUUUCUCUUACGAAAAUUGGUAGUUGAGAUACAAGUUUCUUUUAAUGUUCAAAAAAAAAAACAAUUUUUCUGUCGUCUGCACGGCGCUUGCGCAACUGCGGAUAUUUAACUUCUCCUCCAAUGCCGAAAAGCAACUUGUAUUGACACUACCUACUUACAAAUCUGUAUAUUCAUUUUGUAUAUAUAUUGAAUGUAUCUUUUUUCCAAAUCUUUGCAACAUAAUGCAGUCACAAAUAUCUGUAUGAACGCACUUACUUUAUUUGUAUUAUUUUAUCAUAUUUUAUAUUUGCCUGAAUAUUUAUAAAAAGCUAAGUGGAUAUGAAUUGAAAAUAUUUUGUUUUUUUUUCCUGCCUAUGUAAUUAGAAAAUAGCCCUAUGAAUUGAAAACUUCCAUUUGGAUUGACCACUUUUAAACUAAAUAUAUAUGUACAUAUGAAAUUUGUAUAGUUACGAAUAUUGAUUUUUUAGAAAAGUUAAAAAAGUCGCUCUUUACUGAAUGAAACCUAUUUAUAGAUUAAAUAAAAUUAAUUAAGUGAAUAAACUCAAUUUGUACUUCCCAUUAUGAAAAAGAAA